GCUGCUCCAGGCAGAUCGGCUUCUCCUUCGCCAAGCCCAGGCUCUGCGCCUUCUCCGGGCUCUACUAUUGCGACAGCUGCCACCGCGAUGACGAGACCGUGAUCCCCUCCCGCCUCAUCCACAACUGGGACCUGACGAAACGAGGGGUGUGCAAACAGGCCCUCAAGUUCCUCUCCCAGAUCCGUAACCAGCCCCUGAUCGACCUGAAGCUGGUCAACGAGAGCCUCUACGAGCACGUGGAGAGGAUGGGGCGGAUCCUCCGGAGCAGGGAACAGCUGAAGCUGCUGGGGGAUUACCUCAUCAUGUGCCGCAGCGGCGCCCUGAAGGAGCUGAGCAAGCGGCUUGAUCACAGGCAUUACCUCUUGGAGUGUCCCCACAAAUACAGUGUCACUGAUCUGAGGCAGAUCGCCGACGGCGUCUUCGAGACCUUCCUGCAGUCCCUGCUCCAGUUUGCGUCCCACCACGUCUACAGCUGCGACCUGUGCACCCAGCGCGGCUUCAUCUGCCAGAUCUGCAACAGCAGCGACAUCAUCUUCCCCUUCGAGUUCGACACUACCACCAGGUGAGCCCCCCCUCUGCCCCCUGCAGCC